AUGUCGUCAACAGCUGUCGGAAAGAUGUUGUGGGAGGAUAGAAGCAAAGAGCCACCGAGUCGAGGUUCGUUUCUGAUCCUCCCCAACAAGACUGUUCUGGUCGGCCGUGAUGAGACCCGCAAUCAUGUAUCAUUUGCGGAUCCAGUGGUAUCGAGGUGUCAGCUAGAAAUCUUCUGCAUCAUCACGGACGAAGAAUACAAGCACCCGCCUCUUGUCUUUGUGCGCGACCGGGGGUCCUCCAACGGGACCGCGGUGAACGGCGAGCUCAUUGGGAGAGGACCGCAAAUCUCCCCGUCAUGGCUGCUUGAGGAUGGAGACACCAUCACCAUCGGGCCGCAUCCUCACUUGAUGUUCACUUACACCCAAUUGUCAAACCCCCAGCCUUCGUACACUCUCAGUCAUCUCCAGCAGCAGGAAGUCAAGCUCUUUAGCAACCGCUAUGUGGUCACCAACCGCACCAUUGGCGAUGGCGGUCAUGCCGUCGUCUUCUUGGCGGUAGAAGUCGAAACAGGUCGACACGUGGCAUGCAAAGUUCAUGAUAUCAGCAGAUUCUCUCCGACAUCCAAGGAAGUAGAGAGAACUCGCCAGGAAGCAUUGCUGUUGAGCACAUUGGACCAUCCGAACAUCCUGCCCAUCAAGGCCGCGUUCGAAACACAGCAGACCAUAUACGUCAUCACAGAACUGGCGACGGGAGGCGACCUCUACUCGCUUCUGAUGAGACUUGACCAACUCGAUGAGUGGGCGAUCCGAUCCAUUAUUCGUCAGGUACUUCGCGGUCUGGCCUACAUUCACAGCAAAGGCGUAGCCCAUCGGGACAUCAAGACCGAGAACAUUCUUUGUGGCAUAACCCCUAACGUCCCCUACCGGAUCAUGCUCUCGGACUUUGGAGCCUCCGGCCUCCCCGGCCGUCGAAGGCUAAGGUCUUCCGUUGGCACCCCAUUUUACCGCCCACCCGAGUGCGAUGUUCCAGGACACGGUCACGAUCUGUCAGUCGACAUUUGGGCAGUUGGCAUGCUCACACUGCAACUGUUUCUGGGAUUUGAAGAGUUUCCCCGCAUCGAUUCGGUCGUAUUCAGAAGCCAAGAAGACAUUGACGCAUAUUUGACCUUUGUCUUCGCGACCUCUCGCCUUCAAGGUCGGAUAUCCGAACCAGCCAAGUGCUUCAUCUACGGCUGUCUGGGCUACGAUAGCGCAAGAAGACCAACGGCUAGCCAGGCCUUCUCCCAUGGCUGGCUCCAAGAGCCCAAGAGUGACAGAAAGAUGUUCAAGCGGUUGGAGGCCGACAACGCUCUCUCCUGGAAGCCUCAGCGGGUCAGCGUUCCGGUGAUCGAAGAUCUUACGGCCAUGUCAGCGGGCAAAGGCAGGAGUGACACAGUGUCGGCCCAUUUCAUGGCCCCCCAACAGGCCGAGGCAGAUUUAUUUCCGAAGGCACACAUCCAUGCAAGAUUGUUGGCGGAGAAGUUGGUCCCGCCAUCCGGUCUUGAGCCUGAACAAGUCUUAACAAAACGGAAGCACAUGUCAUCCAGCAUGGAGAGUGCCAAACGUCAGAGGCCAGGUCCAAGCUGA